AUGUCACCGUCACCAAACAUCGAUGUCGUUGAUGAAAAGCUAGUCAUGGAGACAAGUAGAAAGUCAGACGUGGACGAGUUGGAGACACAUAGCUAUGGACGACAGCUCGAAGAAGUUCGCAUUGCCAACACGCAGGCCAACACCCCACUACAGGGGGGCGUCGAUGUUGAACAGGCCGAGCAAGAGUUCUCAGAACUGAACAGACAAUUCUCCAGCUCGCAUCAAGCUCGCAGAUUAUCGCAACAAGCAUCUCGAGCUUCCAAGUCCGGUGCCACUGCAGAUGUCGAAAAAGCUACGAGCUCUACUGAAACAGAUGAGUCAUGGGACUUGGAGACCGCUCUUCGUGGCCAACAUGCCGCCGAGGAAGAAGCUGGAAUCAAAGACAAGCAUAUUGGUGUGAUCUGGGACAACCUCUCUGUCCGCGGAGUCGGUGGUGUCAAGACAAUCAUCAAGACCUUCCCAGAUGCCAUUAUCGAUUUUUUGAAUGUUCCGGCGAUGGUCAUGGAUAUUUUUGGGUGGGGGAAGAAAGGACAAGAAGUUAACAUCCUUAAAGACUUCCGGGGUCUUACACGACCAGGCGAAAUGGUGCUGGUUCUUGGACGUCCCGGUUCAGGCUGCACGUCAUUUCUGAAAGUGAUCUCGAAUCAGCGUGUUGGAUACACUGGGAUUGACGGAGAGGUCCUCUAUGGUCCUUAUGAACACGACGUCUUUGCCAAAAGGUUCCGUGGAGAAUCUGUGUACAACCAGGAGGAUGACAUCCAUCAGCCUACCUUGACAGUCAAGCAAACUCUUGGCUUUGCUCUCGACACAAAGACCCCUGGGAAACGGCCAUUUGGAGUUUCAAAGGCCGAGUUCAAGCAGAGGGUAAUCGAUACACUGCUGAAGAUGUUCAACAUUGAGCAUACAGCAAACACUGUGAUCGGUAACAUGUUCAUUCGCGGUGUCUCUGGAGGCGAAAGACGUCGUGUCUCAAUUGCAGAGAUGAUGAUCACUUCAGGGACUGUUUUGGCCUGGGAUAACAGCACUCGCGGACUGGAUGCUUCGACUGCCCUCGACUUCGCCAAGUCCCUUCGCAUCUUGACCAACAUCUACAAAACAACCACUUUUGUGUCACUUUAUCAAGCGUCUGAGAACAUUUACAAGCAGUUUGAUAAAGUUCUUGUGAUUGACAGCGGCCGUCAAGUAUUCUUCGGACCAACAUCUGAAGCAAGAGCAUACUUUGAGGAUCUCGGAUUCCGCGAAAAGCCUCGUCAAACCACUCCCGACUACCUGACAGGAACUACCGAUCCUUUCGAGAGAGAAUUUAAGGAUGGAAGAAGCGCCGAAGAUGUACCUUCGACACCAGAAGCGUUAGCCGAGGCUUUCAACAAAUCUGUGUACAGCGAAAGACUGGACCAAGACAUGAAAUCUUACCGCGCUCAAAUUGCACACCAGAAGCAAAUUCACGAUGACUUCGAGAUUGCCAACAAGGAAGCAAAGCGCAAGUUUACUUCUGACUCGUCUGUCUAUUCCAUCCCAUUCCAUAUUCAGAUCUGGGCCUUGAUGCAACGCCAAUUCCUCAUCAAAUGGCAGGACAAAUUUGCCAUGACCGUUUCCUGGAUUACCUCUGUCGGUAUUGCUAUCAUCCUCGGUACUGUGUGGCUCAAUUCGCCAGCAACUAGUGCUGGCGCGUUUACCAGAGGUGGUCUUUUGUUCAUCAGUCUGCUGUUCAACGGAUUCCAAGCCUUCUCCGAACUUGCGUCGACUAUGAUGGGUCGCUCAAUCGUUAAUAAGCACCGAUCAUUCGCUUUUUACAGGCCUAGCGCCCUAUUCAUCGCGCAGAUUAUUGUUGACACCACAUUUGCGAUUGCAAGGAUUCUGGUCUUUAGCAUAAUCGUGUACUUCAUGUGUGGAUUGGUCCGCGAUGCUGGGGCUUUCUUCACAUUUGUCCUGAUCAUCCUCGAGGGCUACGUGACAAUGACCGUUUUCUUCCGGACAGUGGGCUGUCUCUGUCCUGACUUUGAUUCCGCUCUCAAAUUUGCUUCGGUCAUUAUCACCCUUUUUGUCUUGACCUCCGGAUAUCUUAUUCAGUGGUCCGGUGCUCAGGUGUGGUUACGAUGGAUUUACUAUAUCAAUCCCUUCGGUCUUGGGUUUGCAUCUUUGAUGGUCAAUGAGUUCAAGCGACUGACUAUGACGUGUACGACGGAAUCCCUCGUUCCCACCGGUCCUGGCUAUGGUGAUAUUGCACACCAAGUUUGUACUCUGGCUGGAGGCGAGCCUGGGUCGGCAAUUAUCCCGGGAUCUAACUACGUCGCACAGACAUUCAGCUACAUGAAGGGUGACCUUUGGCGAAACUUCGGUAUUAUGAUUGCCCUUAUCAUCGGCUUCCUUGGUACAAAUCUGUACUUUGGUGAAAUCCUUCAGUUUGAGGCAGGUGGUAAGACUAUCACUUUCUACCAGAAGGAAAACGCAGAGCGAAAAGCACUCAAUGAGGCUCUGAUGGAAAAGAAGGCCAGCAGGCAAUCCAAGACUCUUGAUAUGGGUUCCAACUUGGAUAUUACCUCGAAAUCCGUGUUCACUUGGGAAGAUGUCUCUUACGAAGUGCCUGUUCCCUCUGGUACUCGACGUCUUCUUAACUCUGUCUACGGCUAUGUCCAACCUGGAAAGCUGACAGCACUUAUGGGUGCCUCAGGUGCAGGAAAGACUACACUGCUGGAUGUUUUGGCCGCGAGAAAAAACAUCGGUGUUGUCAGAGGUGACAUUCUUGUCGACGGCAAACCCCCUGGCACUUCGUUCCAACGAGGCACGUCUUAUGCCGAGCAGCUUGAUGUUCAUGAAGCUAUGCAGACCGUACGAGAAGCGCUACGUUUCUCAGCCGAUCUACGCCAGCCGUUCGAAACCCCGCAAUCCGAGAAGUACGCCUAUGUCGAGGAAAUUAUUACCCUUCUGGAACUGGAGAACCUGGCAGAUGCAAUCAUUGGCACUCCUGAUACUGGUCUUUCAGUAGAAGAGAGAAAGCGGGUUACCAUUGGUAUCGAAUUGGCCGCGAAGCCUGAGCUUCUUCUAUUCUUGGAUGAACCUACCUCUGGUCUGGACGGUCAGUCUGCCUGGAACAUUGUGCGUUUCCUUCGCAAGUUAUCAGCAGCAGGUCAGGCUAUUCUCUGUACAAUUCAUCAACCAAACUCUGCACUUUUCGAGAAUUUCGAUCGUCUUCUACUGCUCCAAAGAGGAGGCGAGACCAUCUACUGCGGUGACAUUGGUGACGAUUCUCAUAUCUUGCUGGACUACUUCCGCCGCAAUGGCGCCGAUUGCCCCGCGGACGCCAACCCUGCCGAGUGGAUGCUUGAUGCCAUUGGUGCGGGCCAAACACGUCGGAUUGGAGACCGUGACUGGGGUGAUAUCUGGCGCAGUUCUCCGGAGCUGGAGGAGCUCAAGCAAGAGAUUGUCCAAAUCAAAGCUAGCCGUGCUCAAUUCGUUCGGGAGCACAAAGACGAAGCCGAUGUGGAAAAAGAGUAUGCCUCGCCUCUCUGGCAUCAAAUAAAGGUUGUUGGUCGACGAACCAAUCUCGUCUUCUGGCGCUCCAAGAAUUACGGAUUCACUCGCCUUUAUACUCAUGUUGUCAUUGCUAUCAUCACGGGUCUUGCUUUCCUUAACCUGGAUGACUCCCGGUCGUCGCUGCAAUAUCGCAUCUUCGUCAUCUUCAACGUGACUGUCCUCCCAGCUAUUAUCCUCCAAAUGGUCCAGCCGCGCUAUGAUAUGUCCCGUUUGAUUUUCUACCGCGAGUCAGCCUCGAAAACUUACAGCCAGUUCGCAUUUUCGCUCUCCAUGGUCAUCGCUGAGAUGCCCUACAGUAUUCUGUGCGCUGUCUGUUUCUUCCUCCCUCUGUACUACAUCCCCGGAUUCCAGUCCGACUCCAGCCGAGCCGGGUACCAGUUCUUCAUUAUUCUAAUCACAGAGAUAUUUUCCGUGACUCUGGGCCAGAUGAUCUCGGCCCUGACACCCAACAGUCUGAUCGCAUCUCAGAUGAAUCCACCCAUUACAAUCAUCUUCUCUCUGUUCUGUGGUGUGGCAAUCCCCAAGCCCCAAAUGCCAGGCUUCUGGCGUGCGUGGCUGUAUCAACUCGACCCGUUCACUCGCUUGAUCGGAGGAAUGGUGGUCACGGAACUACACGGGCGUGAUGUUGUCUGUUCGGCAGCUGAGUUGAAUCAUUUCCAAGCUCCCUCCAACCUCACCUGCGGUGAAUAUAUGAAGCCAUUCUUUGAGAAUGGUGGUAACGGCUAUCUUGUCGAUGAGGCCACGCAAGCUUGCAAGUACUGUGCGUAUAAGGUUGGCGACCAGUUCUAUGCGGCAUUUAGCAUGUACUUUGAUCACCGAUGGCGGGAUCUGGGCAUCUUUGCUGCGUUCAUCGGGUCCAACUUGAUCAUCUUGUUCCUGGCGAGUUGA